UCGGGGUGUGUGUAUGUGUGCGAGGAUUUUCUUCUGGUCGCUAAUCGAAUCGAAUCGCGAAAAUCAUCCUGAAAAACCUUGAGUUCCGUGAAAAUAGGACCGUUCUCGGUGCGUUACCGUGUUUCGGGUGUAAUUUGUGUUCCGGUCGAAUCCGUCCCGCUAGCCCUCGGAUUGGGAAUGGGAAAAACGAUGUUCCGCACUCCCGCGGUGUAGUAAAAUCGGGAUUUUAGCUAAUUUUUGUUUUUUAUUUUUGGUGGUGCCAUGUUUUACUGAAAAACGGGAUACAAAAUCCGGAAAAGUGCUGGUGCCAGAGACAAUUGCCCUGCAGCAGGGGAGGGAAAUUGCAGGUCCGGUUUACGUUUGAUGGCCAUAUUCGACGAAAAUGUUAGCAGUUCAAGCAGUGGUCAUCCGGUGAAGUAUGCCAACAGUGGCCCUUUGGGAAGUAGCGGAAGUUUCAGCAACAAUUCCAACAACAACAUGCAAUCGUCGGCUGCUGUCAAUCUGGAACACUACGGUGGCCAGUAUCCGGACGAUGGAGGAGCAACGAUGUACCCGCAGAUGUCAACCGAAACGGAUGACACCGACGAUGAGCAGCAGCUCGUUCCACUCGAUCCGUACUCGCAGCUGGAGGAAGAUCUCCGGAACAUCAAAUCCGUAAUUCACGUCACCCGGGAGAACAUCGACGCGCUGAAUGCGAAGUUCGCCGACUUCCAGCAGCCCCCGGCGCUUUACCUGGAGGAGUACCAGGAGCUGACCUCCAAGCUGCAUGACCUCGAAACCAAGGAGCAGGAGCUGGUGGAGCGGAAACAGCAAAUGCAACAGGAACAGGAACUACAAAUGCUGCAACAGCAACAACUCCAACAACAACAGCAGCAGCUUCAUCAUCAAUAUCAGAUCGAAAAGGAACGGGAAUCGACCAGCGAACCGAGUGAACCUCCGGAUCCGACCGAGGAACGGGUUGAGGUUGACAGCAUGUGCGGAACGCUGAGUCGUACCUCGAAGAUGCUGCUUCGAGCACAUUUGCCGAAUCAGCAGCGUACCUCCGUUCAGGUUAUUCCGGGCAUGCGACUGAAGGAUGCCCUGGCCAAGGCCCUGAAGCGACGUAAUCUCACUUGCGAUAUCUGCGAAGUCACUUCGGCCAACAGCAACUAUCAGAUUCCAUGGGAUACGGAUGUUUCGCUGCUACACUGCGAAGAAGUAUUUGUCCGCAUACUGGAUAUUGGAUUUCCGACCUACAUUUCCCAUCAAUUCAUUCGGAAGACAUUUUUCUCGCUGGCAUUCUGCGAAUGCUGCCGCCGGUUGUUGUUUACCGGAUUCUACUGCAAUCAGUGCAAUUAUCGGUUCCAUCAGCGUUGUGUAGACAAGGUGCCGCAAGUUUGCAGCAAACGGCACAUGGACAACACGUUCUACCAUCAUCUGCUGGCCAAUCCGGAAAGCACCGUUGGCAUCAUAAAUCCGGGAACCGGAGGGUACAGCACUAGUCUGCGGCAUCCACGCUCACUCAACCAGCAGGAUCGGUCCAACUCGGCGCCGAAUGUGUGCAUCAACAAUGUGAUGAAACCGCUCUUCGGAGUGGACAAUCGAACGCUGAUGAACAGCAGGCCGAUGCAGGUGUUCGAGGUACUUGCCCAGUCAAACCAAGAACAUUCACAUUCCACACAGGCAUCGCCGACCAACACGUUGAAGCACAGCAAACGGCCCCGCGCUCGAUCGGCCGAUGAAAGCAAUAAGAAUCUGCUGUCUCCCAGGGAUCCCAAACAAUCAGAGGAAAAUUGGAACAUUCAAGCGGAAGAGAUCCUGAUUGGGCAGCGCAUCGGUUCCGGUUCUUUCGGGACAGUGUACAAAGCCCACUGGCACGGUCCGGUGGCAGUGAAAACGUUGAACGUCAAAACUCCAAGCCCGGCCCAGCUCCAGGCUUUCAAGAACGAGGUUGCUAUGCUGAAGAAGACUCGACACUGUAAUAUACUGCUGUUCAUGGGUUGUGUCUCGAAACCAUCCCUAGCGAUCGUAACGCAGUGGUGCGAGGGCAGCAGCCUGUACAAACACAUUCACGUCAACGAGACCAAGUUCAAGCUGAAUACGCUGAUCGACAUCGCUCGGCAGGCGGCGCAAGGCAUGGACUAUUUGCAUGCGAAAAACAUUAUCCAUCGGGAUCUCAAAUCCAAUAAUAUAUUCUUGCAUGAUGAUUUCUCAGUGAAGAUAGGAGAUUUCGGGCUGGCCACGGCCAAGGUCCGAUGGUCAGGGUCGCAACAAUCGAAUCAACCGACCGGUAGUAUUCUGUGGAUGGCACCGGAGGUGAUCCGAAUGAAAGAGCAGAACCCGUAUUCCUUCCAAAGCGACGUCUACGCAUUUGGUAUUGUGUUAUACGAAAUGCUGACCGAGCAACUACCCUACAAUCACAUCAACAACAAAGAUCAGAUUCUGUUUAUGGUUGGUUGUGGUAAACUACGACCAGAUCUGACCAAAGUACGUUCGGAUUGUCCACAGGCGUUGAAACGGUGCGUCGAGGAUUGUAUCAAGUUCAGCCGCGAGGAGCGUCCCCUGUUCCGGUUGUUGCUGAACAUGUUGGAAAACAUGCUUCGAACGCUGCCAAAGUUCCAUCGAAGUGCUAGCGAGCCGAACUUCACCCAGACACAGUUGCAGAACGACGACUUCUUGUAUCUAUGCUCCAGUCCCAAGACGCCGGUAGCAUUCCACAACUUUCAGUUCUACAACGGUGCCGGUAACAUUUAGCUGCUUGGCGAAUUUUCAUCCCGAACCCGUUUCACUCAGUGUAAGGUAAUGCUACUAACCAUAUAUAUUGUUAUAUAAAUGUCAACUUUCCGAGGAGAUUGCUCUGCUUCCUGCCCGGAAUGGUGUUGUUGGCAGGAAUCGUGCGAGCCCUACAAACAGGCGCCGAUAAACAAAAAGCAAGUAAGCAGAAAAAAACGAUUGUUCGAUAUGUAAAUAGCUUUUGACCUUGAUCUUCUCGGUUAGCAAAAGUUAGAAGGGCAGAGUAAAACAUUUAUUCUGUAAUCGUUUACGACAGUUUUUCGCUAGAGAGCCUUCUUGGUGUACUCGAACUGACAGAACCGGAUUGAUCUCAACAGUCAUGUAAUGCAACAAGAAAAAACGAAAACAUCCACAGUGGGAAAUAAUUCCCCACAUAUGUAACCAAACUUACUGUGUUUAACCAAAUUCAUCACCACUCAAGAGAGAGAAAGUCAAGUUCCCGAAAUGGCAAGCUACCUACCUUGAAUGCGCUACUACAGUAUGAUAUUUUAAGUUACCCAAGCCAUACGAUUUUCUAAGCCCGAGACAAACAGACGCUUCAUGGUGUUACUUUGGCUCCAUGAAGCUCACCUUUCUGGUUUUAUUAAUAUGAAUAGAAUCUAUGAUACCCAAGUACGUAAAAUGCGGCAACGCAACAACAAACCUGUCGACGAUUUCAUUAGUUUUUAAGUUAACGAUUUCUUUUAAGUUUCCGCUGCUGCAGUAGUAUUCGAUCUUGAGCUUCGUUCCUAUGGUUUCCGGAAGACGCUGGUUGAUUGGUUAAUUCGGAAGUUUCUUUUAGUUUUUGUUCUUAUGGUUUCCUUUUUUAAUUUCAGAAUAGAUGAUUUACAUUCAUCAACGGAAAAAACUUGACUAGUGGAUCAAAAGCUGCGAAAACAUUUCAGAUUCUGAUUUAUACGGUAACCACAUGCAACCAUUCUGACCUUACACAGUUUCAACUUCAUCAAAGGGAGGGGGUACUGAACACUAUACUAUCGAGGAUAAUUUUCUUUUCCAGCUACCGUAAGAAGUAAAGUUCGCAGAGACUGCCAAUAUAAGGCUGUCACAAAUCCCUUUUUCAUAAUAUUUUUCAAACAAAACCAUGAAUUCAUUCGAAACGAGAAAAUAGUCGGAUCUCCAUCUCAUUUUAUAAAAAAACAAUUUAUUCUAACUAGAUUUUCCAGAAAUAAGUUUUGAAAUUAAUUCUUGCAAAGUACCUAUUUUUAAGCUGGCGCGCCAUGGCGUUUCAAGAUUUUUUUUCCACAAAUUCACUGUUUGUUUUUACAGUGUAGAGUAAUUAAUCAGCAAUGGUGGAAAAGAUAACUGAAUGUUUUCUUAAAUAAAAUAUUUAAUCUAAACCAAUCAACCAAGAACCGGGGGAACAUAUGAGGAACACUUCUUUUUUAUUUCAUUAGUUUUGUGAUAGUCUUGCUCGAUUGUAAAAAAAAAAAUAAACAAACCGACGAUUCCAUUAAAUUCAUAAAAAUUUAUUAUUUAAUUCUUCUUCAGAUACAAACAAAUAUAUCGAAAAGAGUUGACCUCCGAAGAAAAAUGUGCUUAUUUGCAUGAAAAAAAAAAUUAAAACGACACAUCUAAUCCGAGGACCGAGGAAAAGUUGUCUUCAAAUUACGAGUCAAAUAAAAAAAAACAAGUAAAAAUAAAAAAACAACCAAAAGAAAUCAGAGAUAAAGCAAAAGUAAAGAUUCACAAUUAUAUGUGUAAAUAAUGUUAAGUAAAUAUUUAAGUGCUCGCAUAGUAUUUCGAGAAAUGAUGGUUGAAAAACAAGUUGCUAGCAAAGUUGAAGGAUGUUAGACGAAGAAAAAGAAAAGAACUUGAAUAUAACUCCAUAAAAAGCCGUAAAGUAAAACUUUACCGAAAAGCGAAAAACUAGCGCGAAACUGUACUGUAACAUUCUACACUUUCUAGAAAGAUGAUCAACUCGGUUGGGGGCAAAGCACUCGAAAAGUAUUCUCUAUAGUAUAAAAUGUAAACAAAAAUCGAGCAAAUCACGAUGGAAACCCAAACAUACAUACAUACAUACACACACACUCCCAAAACAAAAAAAAAAAACACUAGGCAAAAGGUUGUCAGAACAGUUUUGUUGUGGGAAUUGUUGGGCUUUCCCAGAAUUAUGUCUGGAAGGUGAAACGAUUCCCUCGCAACUGUUUCAAUACAAAACUAGGAAAGGUUAUAUAAAAGAUUACAAAUCAAUAAACGAAAAACCAUAAAACUAAAGAGAAAGGAAAAUUAAAUGAAUAAUUACAUCCAGUUACGGAAACUGUAUUCCCAUGAGAAUCGUCGUCGUGAUAGAGGGCGUACUGAAAAUUACAUUUGAGAACAAAAAAAACUUGAAACAAAGUGCUAGAUGGCGUGAAAACUAAAUAAGCUGAUUCAGCUGUAAUACGGUUAUGAUGCAUAAAUACAAAACAAAAAAUGAAAACAAACUUUUUCCUUUGAUCUAAAAAUAUAAAUUAUAAAUCAUUAA